AUGAGCGAACUGCAGAAAUCCUUCGCCAAAGCAAAACUGGCCAAGCUCCCUCCCGAGGCCCCACCGUUCUCCAUGCAUCCACCCCGCGAUGAAGACGACUCCGAGUCCGCCUCGUCAACGGGGACCGUGGUUCCCUCGCCCAGUCGGCAGCUGUUUGCUAGGUCUCGAGGAUCUAAUUCCACCGAAACAUUAAAUUGGACCGAUUUUUUCACUCAAGAGCUCUUUCUCGUUCAAGAGACAGACUCUGCGCGCAUAACACACCAUGUAUACCUGACUCCUCCCACAAAUUCGGGUCCGCUGUUCGUCAUGCACCAUGGCGCCGGCUCAUCGGGGCUCUCAUUUGCAACCUGCGCUGAGGAGAUUCGGAGGAUCCUUCCCAAGGCGGGAAUUCUUUCUAUCGAUGCGCGAGACCACGGCCAGACGUCUACAUCCACGGAAGCGGGAGAAGGAAAGGUCGAAUUGGACUUAAGCUUGGAGACGCUCAAUCGGGAUUUGGUUUUCAUUGUCCGUGAGACGCAGUCGAAGAUGGGUUGGGAAAGUCUACCUGAUAUUCUCCUUGUGGGACAUAGUCUGGGUGGUGCAGUCAUCACAGAUGUAGCGAAGAAGGGGGAAUUGGGUUCGAAGUUGUUAGCCUAUGCUGUUUUGGAUGUUGUCGAGGGUUCGGCAAUGGACGCUCUCCAAAGCAUGGAAAAGUAUCUUUCUACACGGCCCUCUCGAUUCCCCUCCCUUGCCUCAGGGAUUGAAUGGCACACUCGCUCCCGCACAAUCCGCAACAGAACCUCAGCCCGCGUCUCCGUACCAUCCCUUCUUUACGAGGAAACAGCGCCCACCGACCCCUCCAAACCAUGGGUAUGGCGCACCAACCUCGCCGAAACGAAGCCCUUUUGGGAAAACUGGUUCAUCGGUCUGAGUAAGAAGUUCCUUGAAGCGCGUGGCGGAAAGUUACUUCUUCUUGCUGGAACCGAUCGCCUGGAUAAAGAAUUGAUGAUUGGGCAAAUGCAGGGUAAGUAUCAGCUGCAGGUAUUUCCCGAAGCAGGGCACUUCGUACAGGAAGACCAACCGGCCAAGACGGCUCGGGUGCUGGUAGACUUCUACAAGAGAAAUGACAGGAGUGCUUUGGUACUGCCGCCCAAGGUGGCAGAUAUGCAGGCCUCGGCGGCUAUGAAACAGGGAGCUGGAGCUGUUCCGCCCUUUGGGAGGGGGCAGGGCUCAUUUCAUAAACCAUAG